AUGGCGUGACGUCAUCUUACGUGGCGUGACGUAAACUUUCUGCGCCGCGAAGCAGCCGAGGCGAUGGCGAUGUCUCAACCAGGGCAAGAGAAGGAGAGCGAGGAUUGCUCUCUGCUGCCUUUAGUUCAUGACAUUAUCAAAUGCAUGGACAAGGACAGCCAGGAUGUCCACCAGGAGCUGGCCAAGCUGAAGACAAAGAUCCAGGAGGCCCGGGAGCAGAUCUCCAACAUGCCCGGGGUAGACAGCAGUCCGCUGGAGCAGCAGCAGCAGCUAGCUACGCUGCGGGAGCAGGUCCGGACCAAGAACCAGCUGCUGCAAAAGUACAAGAGUCUGUGCAUAUUUGACGUGCCAAAAGCAUCAUGAAACCGAAGAAUGGAUUACUGCACUGACUGGAGGAAGCUUCAAGACAGUCAAAGUGCAAGAAGGACGUUUUGUUUUCAUCCUAGCCUGUGGAGCAGAUGUGGCAUUCAAGAACAGAGGGGGAGAGAGACGUUUAUAUGAACAAUUACUUCUUUUUUCUCAAUUGCAUCACAAUGCAAAAUGUUUUUGAACGUCACAUUAUGUCCUUUUUUUGGCUUGAGUAUGCAAACUUUUUUUUAUAAUGUUUGUAUCAAAUGUAGUUUUUCAGUGUAUCUUUUCCUGUGAUAUCUUGCAAUGUUUUGUAUUAAAAUAAUU